AUGAACGUUAUCAAAAUUCUUCAAUUUGUGGAGAAGAAUGUCUUUGUGUUUAUUAUUUUGAGUUAUUUUUUGAUAAUGGCGGGGGUUGUGUAUGACAUGAUAAAUGAGCCACCAGGGAUGGGACAAAGUCAAGAUGAAUAUGGGCACAUUCGCCCCGAGACCAUAAUGAAAGGGUCUGGUAAUGGGCAGUAUGUAGUAGAAGGGAUAUGUGCGUCAUUUUUCUUUAUUAUGGUAUCGAGUGGAUUUGUGAUGGUACACAAAGCGACUGAGAUGACUGAAGCUGACCGAGCGAAGCCCGCGUUUGCAGUUAUAGGUGUUGUUAUAUCUACAAUAGGCCUAGCACUGAUUUACCUCUUUGCCCAAGUAAAAUUUGGGUAUUAA